CAUUGGAGCUAGCUAAGCAAAUUUUCUAGUGCAGAAUGGCACUACCAAAGUUAGCAAUUUCAUUAGCACUCCUCAUUUCAGUAAACCUUUCAAUACAAUUUGGAGCUGAAGCUGCAGGCAUUGCCAUUUACUGGGGACAAAAUGGGAAUGAGGGUACAUUAGAGGAAACUUGUGCCACAGGCAACUAUGAGUACGUUAUCAUAGCUUUCCUUCCAACUUUUGGCAAUGGCCAGAUCCCCAUGAUCAACCUAGCCGGGCACUGUGAUCCGUACACGAAUGGCUGCACUGGUCUGAGCUCCGACAUUAAAUCAUGCCAAUCGAAAGGUAUCAAGGUCAUUCUUUCCAUCGGAGGAGGAGCGGGGAGCUACUACCUUACCUCUAAAGAGGAUGCUAGGCAGGUAGCAACUUAUUUGUGGAACAAUUUCUUGGGGGGAACCUCUUCAUCUCGCCCACUCGGUGCCGCUGUUUUAGAUGGAAUUGAUUUCGAUAUCGAGGGAGGAACACCCCUACAUUGGGAUGACCUAGCAAGGUUCCUCUCUGCUUAUAGCAAAAAGGGGAAAAAAGUUUACUUAACUGCAGCUCCUCAGUGCCCUUUCCCUGAUGCUUGGGUUGGAGGUGCCCUAAUGACGGGCCUUUUCGACAAUGUUUGGGUGCAAUUCUACAAUAACCCUCCUUGCCAAUACUCCUCCGAUCUUAGCAACCUUGAAAAUGCAUGGAAGCAGUGGAUUUCGGACAUUCAGGCGACCAAGAUAUUCCUAGGACUGCCAGCUGCUCCUGAUGCUGCUGGAAGUGGAUUCAUUCCUGUGAAUGAUCUCAUUUCUAAUGUGCUUCCAGCAAUUAAGGACUCUCCCAAGUAUGGAGGGGUUAUGCUGUGGUCCAAGUAUUAUGAUGAUCAAGACAAAUAUAGCUCUUCGAUCAAGAGCCAUGUCUAA